AUGUCUUGUAACGAAAUUAAUACAAAUCAUCUCACUAUUGAAAAAUUGAAGAAACAAUUGAAGGAAUAUGGUGUUGACACAGAUAUAAGCAAUAAUAGAGUCGUAUUAGUAGAAAUUUUACAAAAUAAAUUGAACGAUGAAAUAUUACAACAAAAUAUGGGCAAUAUGGAAUCAGAUUUUUGUGAUGCAAUUAUUGCUUAA